AAAAUAUUUAAUUAUUGUGUGUUGUGACAAAUCCGAAUCCGAUAUUUCAUAGCAAUAUUGAUUUGGAACACACAAUAAUUUUUUCUAUUCACACUGAUGACUGAUCUGAUCUCGCUUUUAUAUAUAACCAGACAAAAACAGCACAAGUCUCCUGAUCUCUUACGUUACGCCUCUCUCACACUCUCACACUCUCACACCUUAUAUAUAACAUAAAACUACUUCCAUUCCAUUCCACCGCUUCAAAACAUUUGGCCCAGUUUACCACUUUACCUUUGAACAGAAAUGGGACACCUUUAUGGAGGCAGUUCCCUAUGCCUAACAGCAAUUCUCAUAGGGAUACUAGUAUUGACAUUGAGCACACCAUGUUCAAAUUCUCUACGAAUACAUAAGAUGAAAUCUAUGGUUUAUCAAUCCCCAAAGUUUGAGCUGGAACCGGGAUCAGUGGCGGACAAAGUCUACUUCGAUAUGGACUUUCCAAGAGGUCAUAUUGCUAUUAAGAGCUUUAAUGCUGAAGUAGUUGAUGAGGCAGGCAACCCAAUACCUCUUCAUGAAACUUAUCUGCACCAUUGGGUGGUUUUCAGAUAUUAUCAGCGCAAAGGUGUAGAAAUUGUAGAGCAAGAUGGGGUAAAUCAACGAAAUCAAUCCAACUUUAAGGGCGCAAGGAACCAGGGAGUGUGCCAAGAAAAUCAACUUGGGCAGUAUUUUGGGCUUGGCUCAGAAACAAGGAAAACACCAACAUUUAUUCCUGAUCCUUAUGGAAUUGAAGUUGGUAACCCUGCUGAAAUUCCUGAUGGGUUUGAGGAGAAAUGGUUGCUCAAUGUGCACGCGAUCGAUACUCGAGGCGCGGAAGAUGGGUUGGGAUGCACUGAGUGUAGGUGUGAUCUGUAUAAUGUUACCAAGGACAGAUAUGGCAAACCACUGAAACCAGAUUACAUUGGAGGACUACAUUGUUGCUAUGAUCAAACACAUUGCAGAGUGAGAAAGGGCUUUCAAGGUGUUAAGAGAAGCCUCUACCUUAGAUAUACUGUGAAGUGGGUUGAUUGGACUGAUUCUAUCUUGCCUGUUAAGAUUUAUAUUUUUGAUAUCACUGAUACUUGGAGUGGUUUGAACUCUCAACAUAAUUGCCUAGUUGAGCAUAAUGUUGCAAAAUCAUGCAAGGGCAUUAGAGGGACAAAACAGAGUUGCAUUGACACCAGAAGAAAAGGGAUUAGAGCUCCGACCAGCGGAUAUGUAGUUUACGGUGUUGCUCAUCAGCAUACUGGUGGAGUUGGUUCAACAUUAUAUGGAGAGGAUGGAAGGGUUAUAUGCUCUUCAAUUCCAAUUUAUGGAACUGGAAAGGAGGUAGGGAAUGAGACGGGUUACAUUGUGGGCAUGUCCACUUGUUAUCCUAAACCAGGGUCUGUGAAGAUUGUUGAUGGUGAGACUCUUACACAUGAGUCCAGUUAUAGUAGCAGCCAAUCACAUACUGGUGUGAUGGGGCUAUUUUAUAUUCUAGUUGCAGACCAAUUGCCAAGUCCAAAGCUCUCCAUGGGCAAUGUUAGCUUUGAGUGAGGCAUUUCUGAAUGUGAAAAUGUUAUGACUGGGUGGAUGUGGAACCUAUAUCCUUUUUUGGGUCAAUGAUCCAUCCAUCCAAAUUGUCCAUGCCUUGAUGAACGCACACAUUAUUGUGAUAUCGAUUUGUGGAUGUGUGAUAUAAUAUAUAAUAAUAUAUAUACAAAACAAUAAAUCAUUGCAGUUUCCAAUUUUGAGCAAAAAAUACAAAACAAAAAAUUUGUUUCCUUCA